GAUGGAGACAUUUUAAAAUAAACACACAGCUAGCCGCUAACGGCUAACAGGGCUCGCAAAGGUGCGAGUGCACUGCGCCAAAACACGUUCAAAUUCUUCCAAGUUUUAAAGAAGUGAUCUAUAUUUUAUAGGGCUCUGUUUAUGCAUCGUAAAUCAAAGAAUCAACAGAUUAUUGAAGAUGUCAAAAAGUCUGACACUGAGAAGAGAAGAUUAUAACUAACGCCGCGGUGAGCUCCUGUCCAGGCACAUUGGUCCAUAUUUGUUGGACCUUUGGGCUUUGGGCUCAACUAGCAUGAAGAUGGCUGAUUCAGAGAAGGCAGAGGAAUUUGUGGAUGCCGAGUGCCCCCCAGAGUGCCUUGAUGAAGCACAAUCAGCCACGGCUUCUGUUCAGGGAGAGCAGGAUGAGCAUCUGAAAACAGAGACCACCACCAGUACCAGCUCACCACCAAGGGAAAAGGAGGCAGACAGCCCCUUGCAUACAGAGGGUGAGCAGAGUCUCCUCUCCAUGCCAUGCCUGAUGAAAGAGCUCCGCCGAGACUCCCCAGAGUCCCAGCAUGCCUCCACAGGGAGUGACAAGCCUGUGUCCCGUAAUAUCUAUGAGAGUGACUCCUCAAACCCCUGCAUGCUCUCCCCCUCGUCCAGUGGCCACCUUGCUGACUCAGACACACUCUCCUCAGGGGAAGAAGGUGCUGCUCCUCCUGUUGGAGAAGAGGAGGAGGGCAACAUGGAAGCUGUAAAUGAUCCUGGACAGGCAGCUGGAAAGCAAACAUCUAUCACAGCAACAGGGGGCAGGAAGUCUCGGCGGUCACGUUCAGAGAGCGAGAUGCCUCCCAAUGCAAUGGCUGCAAAGAAGAAUCGCUGCCAGCCAACCGUGGUUGCAGCAGGAGGGCAGGAGAAACAAACCAACGGCAAGAUGACGAAAGUGAAAGGUCAUCGGAGCCAGAAACACAAGGAGCGCAUGCGUUUGCUGAGGCAAAAACGAGAGGCGGCAGCACGGAAGAAGUAUAACCUGCUGCAGGACAGCAGUACGAGUGACAGCGAGCUCACAUGUGACUCCAGCACCAGUACCUCUGAGGACGAGGAUGAUGACACUUCAGGAGGUAGCAAGACAAUCAAGACAGAUAUUCCAGACGGGCCUCCAGUAGUGGGUCACUAUGAUAUUUCAGACACUGAUUCUAACCAGGAGAGUAUGAGUGUGGAGACAGUCCGGCCUACGGUGAUAAAGCAUGAGCUAAAAACACACAGAGGCCAGGAUAUGGCAGCUCACUCUGGGUGUGUAAGAGCUCUGAGCUCUAUCUCAGGCCACGUGGAGGCAGAGCUGUCGCACAAGGAGAGUUCUCAACACAACAAGGGCCAGAUUAACAUUGCUUCCUCUGACAGUGAGGUGGAAAUUGUUGGAGUGCAAGAAAAACCACGAUGCGCCCACCCAUGUGGAGGAGUGAUAAAGAGUUUGUCCUCCUGGAAGGAAAACUCAGUGGAGCAGUUAAACAGCACAAAUCAACCACAUCUCUGGACUACUGUUUCCCCACAGCCUAACUGGGUGUCCCCUCCUGAAGUGGUGGACCUCACGCUGGACGAGGACACCGGACACAAAUACCUACUUUAAACAACUUGUACACUGAAGACUCCUUAUUUCUUCCUCUCACUCCUAAUCCUCAUCCUUCUUGCCUCGCCUCCAUGUUACGGCUGAAAUCCUUCCUAAAGUUGCAGCCUCGCCUGUAACCGUUCGUGGACUCUCACUGCUCCAGAGCACUGUUUGUUUUUAACUUACUGUUGAACAAUCAUGUGUAUCAAAGCCAUUCUGCUGACGCAAUUCCCUGAUCCUGGCUUGUCAGCUAUGAAUUUAGGUUGUAAUAAAAUGGCACAGCACUUCAUGUGCAGGUGGAAAUUUACGUAAGAGUGAUUUAUCUGUUAAUGAUAGCAAUAUCCUCCCUUCAUUUAAUACCUCAGUUACCCCCUGAUAACAGAUGUAGGUAGUCAUUUUGUUUUGUGUGCUUGCAAGCUGUAUAGUGAAACCUUCAAGUUGCUGCUUGAGAGCAGGUCAGUAUCACAGUAUGGCUGUUGACCUGUUUCACUACAGACUCUGAAUGGCGUAUUUUCGGACUGGAUUUGGCAUUUUUAUCUGCAGUCACCUGCGGUCAAGACAAAAUGGCAGCUGGGACACUAGACCAUAGAUAGCAGCAUUUGCUUUGUACCUGUCUGGGGUCAAUUUUGUUUCUAAAAGUCUCACCACUGGUUUUAUAUUUAGUUCUGCAUUGAUAGCUUUGCUUUACAGUGCCCAGGUACAGCCUAUGUUCAUAUACAAUCUGGGAGUGCUUUGGUUUUGGUUUAUCAUAAUGGAGUAGUCUGACUUUCUGGAAAAGAGGCAUAUUCACUUUCUUGCCGAGAGUUAAAUGAGAAGAUUGAUACCACUUUUAUAUUAGUUUGUUCAAGCCGAGCUUAGCAUAAGGACUGGAAACAGAGAAGCAGUUAGCCUGGCUCUGUUCUCUAAAGCUCACUAAUUAAUACUUUAUAUCUCGUUUGUUUAGUCUGCACAAAAACUGAAAUGUCAGAAUGGUAAUUUACUGUUUUACAAAGGGUUAUGUGGUGGACUUAUUCUUGGCACAGUAAACUUCCCAGUGUCUCUGCUGGUUCCCCAGCAACUGCACAGAGCCAAGAAAUAGCUGGACAGAGCCAAGCUAACAUCACCCGACACCCCCACCCCCCCAAUUUCCAGUCUCUGUGCUAGGCUAAGAUGCUAGCUUUGGCUUCAAAUUUAACAGACAUGACAGUGGUAUUGAUUUUCACAUCACAGCCUGAACUUUCCACCAGAAAGCACAUAAGCUUAUUUCUCAAAAUCUUUCUUGCUUUAAAUCCACAGCUUUUGUUUCCUUUAUUACCAUGUUACAAUACAUUUUUACUUUAUCGUGAAAUCUGAAACAGAGGGCCACUGGUUAAAUUCAGACUCUGAGGGAAAAAUACCGACACAUUUGUCACAGACACAAUGCAAAAUAUGACUCAUUUCCACCACAGCAGAACUAUACGUGGUGAUGGUGGAUUGGCAAUAGAAAUGGUGUGUCUUUAGUUUUGGGACACUUUAUUUUGGACGCCAUGUCCUCCGCUACAGAGUCUGAGAGUGUCCCAGGUGACUUAGUUAUCAGUGAAUGUAUUUCCCUGCAGUGCUGACUGGGUGCACUUAUUGUUUGCAUGCUUAUCCUGAGUGGAUGCAUACACCUUUAAACCUCUGGGGACCCCUUUAUAACAACUAACAAAUGUAUCUUCCAUUGAAUACUGCAAAGUAAAAUGGCCUGAAUGCCUUGAAAUGUGCACUAUUUUCUUUUAGAAUGGUAUAAAGCUUAUUCUUUUACCUAGAAAACAGUGGAUUUUGCUAUCUCAACAAUAAAUAUUUUAAUAAUAGAUGUGAAUUUAGCACACAUAUAAAAACAGUAAAAGUGGUUUUGAGUUUGUGCCCACAUGUGGCAUUUACUGAAUGAACUGAUUUUACCCUGAUCCUCAGGGCCCGCUUACUCUCUUUCCCUGUGGUCUUAUUUUUGUCUUCAUGCAGUACUGCAGCCACGUUGGUAAUUUUUUUUUUUUUAUCAACAAUCCAAUUUCACACACUGUUUCAACACUUUAGAUUUAUUGCGUAUUGAAUAACAUCUACUCUCUGAGGUGAUGCUUGGCAAUUAUAGAAUAUUAUUUUAACUUCUGCUGGUCACAGAAAGGGAAAAUCCUAAAUAUAAGAAACUAAACCAAAGUCUAAAUGGAAUAUGUUUUCAGUUUGUUUCCUUUCCUGGUUUGAAAUUUGCUUCCAAUUUAGUCUUUUAAAUUUACCCUGUAAGUCUGAAUAUUUUAAUUUGGAAGUCAGUGCAUUUGUUGUGAAAUGACAGAAAUUCUGUUUCAAAUUCAACAUACAGUUUAGUAUGAUGUGAUGUUUUUGUUUUCCAUUGGCCAGUUCUUUCCACUAUAUGCAGCUACCACUGUAAUGACAGUUAUUUUACCAGACCACUUCUGCUUGCAAAAUCCAUUUUGCUAUUGUUCCUUAGCUUUAAUAUGAAAUGUUAGUAAGACAGUGCUUAUGUCUUUAGAGAUAGCGGUUUGGUAGAAAAUAGGGCAGUGAUGCUCAACUAUGGUUGCACAUUGCAUGUCUGGUCACAUCUUUUAACCUCAAGUCAAAUAUUACCCUCAUUACCAGUAAUUUAGCCUUGCUCUUCUGUUUUUGUUUUUGUUUUGUUUUUUUUUUGGUCUGUUUUUUUUUUUUUUGUUUUGUUUUACUGUCAGUAUUUUAAAUUAACAAAAAAAAGGUGUUUAUUUUGUUGCUUCUGCAGGUCCUUGACUUCCUUGAAAUUAUGUCUGUAGAACAAAAAGAAACUAUUUUAAAAC